CAAAAACUAAACAAUUUCAAAAAAUCAAAACGCUUACGAAUUUCCGUGCGUGGUGAAAUCAUAAAUCGUUUUUAACACAUCGACGAGGAGGAAGAAGGAGAAACCAAAUCAAUUCAGUGUGCAAAACGCCAGGGAAAAAAAAACUCCUAAAGGCACACACAACAGACAAAUAAAGACUUUCUGCAUUUCCAUUCUAGAAAAUAAAAGAAAGAGUGGUGGUAAACAUAAUCAGGAUACUUUUGCUGACAUUCAUCUUUAUAUUGUAUUGAACGACACAACAACAACAAAAAGCGCACAUUUAGAAUCUAAGGAACGCACACAAUACUUGAAAGGAAAGCUCAAAGGGGAAAUCGCUAUUCGCACAUACCUACAUAAAUAUCCAUAAAAAAGUAACAAUAUGAGCAAAGCCACAGGUCCCACACCACCACAAUACACUUAUGUGCCACCACCAUCAGCUCCACCCUCGUAUCAGGAGGCUGUGGGUGGUGUUAAGCCCGUGGGCCCCUUCACACCCGUGGUACCGCCCGUGGCAACAGCCACAAAUGCCACCAUUGUAACCACAGUUGUGCCCAUUGGACGCACGGCCACACACAUGAUCUGUCCCUCUUGCCAUGCUGAAAUUGAGACAACAACACGUACUGAACCUGGAAUGAUAGCAUAUUUAUCUGGCUUUGUAAUUGCAUUGCUGGGAUGUUGGCUGGGCUGCUGUUUAAUUCCUUGUUGCAUUGAUGACUGCAUGGACGUACACCACACAUGUCCCAAUUGCAAAGCCUAUUUGGGUCGUUAUCGACGAUAAACAACACGGAAUGGCCAUCGGAAAUGCACAAAAGCAUGGAAACCCAAACAGACACACACACACAAUGUUCUUAUAUUGCAAACAAACAAAUCUUUAUAUAUAGAGAAUACGCUUAGAAUGUUUACGAAAUCUCCGGCUUCGAAAUGAAAAACUUAGUAGAAAAGAAAUAUUCAAUGAGAGACUAAUUUUAUUACAAAUGCGAAGAAAAAUCUAUGAAAAUAGCUUUGUUUUUUAAAAAAGGAAACAAACGCCUAAUUAUUUUUAUUUGGAAAAUUUUCACAAUCUGGAAAAGUCAAUCAAAUAUCAGUCAUAUCAUUUGCUCAACUUUAAUCAAACCAAAUGUCAAAUUAUUUAUGUACUUGUUCCCUUCUUGCUUUUGUUGUAUGACGACUUGAUGCUAUGAAUUCUUUUAAUUUGUAAUCUCAAAAUUGAAUUGUAUAUUCUGCUCCCAAAAAAUAAUUAUUUUAUUAAGUCGUGUUCAAAUGAAAAUUAUAAAAAAAAAUAUGUUAACACAAAAAAUAUAACAAUAAAAUAUGCGUAUAUUGCCUAAUACAAAUGCAACCAACUCUUUACAAAAAUAACAAGAAAACAAAACACCCCAAUUUUACCUACCUAUGAAUGCAUGUAAUCUCUUUUUAAAUGAUAAAUAAUAUUAUUAUGAUUAAAUACCAACUUUAUACUAGGUAUUACAGAGAAGUAAUAUAUAAAAACCAGAAUACAUUGAUUUUUUUUCUUAAGGAAGAUAUGUAAACUUUUUAUGUACAAUAAAUGUAAUAAUAAAACAUUAAA